AUGUUGAGCCCAACAUUUGUUCUGUGGGAAAUUGGAUAUCCCUUUUACACUUAUGGCUCUAUCAUUAUUAUUGCAUUAAUUAUUUGGCAAGCGAAAAAGAACCACCAAAAAUUGAAGUUGGGACCUAACAGGAGCUAUUGCCGGCAUCAACGGAGAGUCAAACAAAGGGCUAAAGAUAGAACAUCAAGAGCUAGGAGACUUUCCCGGAAAGAAGCUGAGAAGCCAUGGGAGCUGCUGUCUGUCAUGAAAAGCCAAGACUGGUUUCCUCCGGAGGGAAGUGUGCGGAGGCUCCUGUGUGCAGACCCCUCCUGCCCCAUCUGCAAUGCUGUGGCUCUGGAGAUUAAGCAGUUGCUGGCGAGUGAGAACACCCCAGUCUCUCCCACUUCAUCGGGGCCAUCACAGGGCUCCUCUUGCUUAGAGAUUUUGUCCAAAUCUAGUUUGUCUUUUGAUCGGAGUCAGAGUUCUCAGCACUCCAAAGAGCUUUCAUAUCCAUCGGCUACCCCCUCAAUGUCACAACUAAUGGAUCAGAAGAAAUCCUUAACCCAGUCAACUGCCCAGUCAACUGCCCAGUCAGCUGGUGCAGUCAGCAUCCAAGAUUACUGGGCUGACCACCAGCUAAAGCAGGGAUUUCAAGCACCAGAUAUGUCCUGGGAUGCAGGCGUUCUGUCUUCUUCAAGCCUUGAGGAGUAUAGGAUUCCUGUGAAUCAGCAGGACAAAAAGAGCAACAUCAAAUGUCUCUGGGAGAAACAAGAAGCUGCAGAAGCUGGCUUGGGAAAUAAGAGGAAGCAUGUUCCACACUGGAUUAACCCCAAGGUGAAAGGUGAAGGGAAUAAGGAAUCCAUUCUCCUCUCUAAGGAUGAAACACUGGCCAAAACUACGACAAAAAAGAUUGAGAAGAGCCCACCCUCCACCAAAGGCCCUGUGAGGCUAGCUAAGUUGGAGAAGACAACAGAGGACAAGGGUAUCACUUUCUUUGAUGCCCACCAGUGCCUAGACAACGAAGUCCAGCAACAGCCCUUUCAGUCCAGCCGCUCCUGGUUCCAGUGCUUUUCCCACAGCAGCCCUAAGCACUAUCCUCAACUGACUUAUGCCACACAACCCAAAAUCUCAACUCUCACUUCAGCAGGAGGCAUUGGCCUAUACAAGAAUACCCAUUCCAGAAAAAAGGAGUUCUGA